UUAGUCACCAGUGCGCCUGCGUGAAUUUAGUAAACAUCAACAUGGCUGGUGUUGAGGAAGUAGCAUAUCAUGGGACUUGGAAGAUUGUGGAAUGUGUGUCUGUGGCAGGAGUUGUGGAAAUCACAGGCAUAGAAGGGACUGAAUUUGUUCUUGAUGAAAAUGGAGAUGUUUCUUGGCAAGUGCCUGAUGCAGCAGAGCCGCUUCCCUUUUUCAAUUGUGAAACUUAUGAGGUGUGCCCCCCCGCAGGUACAGAGCCGGGUUUACUGAAGUUCAUCGGCACAUACGCGGGCCAUGUCGUGGAAUUUAAGGUGGACAUAUCGGAUGACCUCAUGCUGCUCACAUAUGAAAAAUGCUGCAUGCUGCAAUGUCAGAAGGUCUCACCAGGACCACGGAAAGAAGAGUCGCCGUACUCCUUCCUCGGGGCUCUGGACGAGGGAUUCUUCUCCGACCUCAAUCUGCGAGCCAGCUCAGGACGAGAGUUCAAAGUCCACUCUACGAUCCUCAAGCUUAGUGCCCCAGACAUGGACUGGGGUGGCCAGGUGACGCCUCUCACUGGUCUACCGGAGGAUGUCCUGAGUGUGACGCUGCACUUUCUGUACGCCGAGUGUCUGCCACGGGGGCUCACCGAGGACACCGCCCAGCGCUGCCUCAAGGCCAUGGGAAAGAUGCCGGGGUUCGCCAAGUUUGGACAGCUCUGUGAGACCUUCUUGAAGAACACAGCGCUCACUCAGCAGAUGAAGACGUUGGUUGGGGACAUGCACACGUGCGCUGACCGCAUCAACGACCUGUUUGGCCGGUCCAUCGAGGAGAACAGCCAGGAGCCCGUCAUUCUGGACGGGACCAUCUGGGUGAACCCGGCGAGGCUGUGCUACACCGUGCGGCAAGCUCUCAGGGAGGAGGCCACAGCCUGUGUCAAAUUGGUGAUCAUGUGUGACCUAUUCGCCAAGCGCAAGUACGAGUUGUCGAGAGAGGAACGCUACGAAAUCAUGAAAUACGUCAAGUCCAGGAUCCCCAUCUUCCUGAAGCAACUGCUCAAACUGCUGACCACCAUCAAGGCCUACCUACAGACCCUGACACAGGCUCAGAGGGGAGACAUUGCCGCCUAUCUGGUGCCAGAGAUGGAAACUAUCUUGGACACAAUGUCACGGUUUGCGAGCGAGACGAAGAUUGCCCUGGAGCAAGCCAUCAGCACGAGCAACGAUGCGGUGUUGGAGAAGGGAGAGAAGGCCGACAAAUGUAAAAAGACGGGCGUGGGGGAUGCCCUAGGGCGUACCCUCAAACACGCUCUUCAUUUGAAGGAGUUAAAGAAGUUGAAACAUUUUCACGAACGAACCACGUCCAGUUUCUUACAUUUAAGACAGAAGAGGAUGAACUUCAACAUGAAGACCCAGCCGGACAAAGUGCGGUCUGUGUCUCAGACUCUGUCUCACCUGGUCAAUGAAUUCCCGUCUUUCGUGCUGCGUCUGAGCGAGAUCAUCGUAGCCCUGGACGACAAAGUCACGUGGAAGGAGUGGAAAUAUCUGUUCAAGAUGGCCACCUCUAAAGUGUCGUGGGGUCUGGCCAAGGUUCAGUCCCACCAGAGCUCGCUGCAGCCGAUGAUCGAGGAGAUGUGCGACAUCGUGCGGAGCGAGCAGUUCAACUCCUCUCUGGUCACGCUGGGGCUGCGACCGCCCGCAGACACUUCUCUGUCCACCACCCCAGGCAAGGAGUCGGUCGUUGGUUCCACCGCAGGUGCUAAAGCUGGUGCCAAACCAGGGGCAAAGCCAGGUGCAACGAAGUACGCACAGCUGAGCUGCGUGGACUCCCUGUGCGUCCCCCCCAACGCCAGCAGUAGCUGUACAGCACGCCGCUGUUUGGAGCUGUUCCGACAGGCUGCGGGGACGGACAUGGUCUUUGAGGUGGUGGCUACGCAGGAGGGAGGAGACAUCGUGAUAGACCACACCGGCUCUUCUCACGACAGCGGGGCCAGGGCAGAGGCAGCGGGAGGAGGGGGGAGGGAGGGAGGAGAGGAGGAGGAGGAGGUUGUGGAGAUCCGAGCACACCGGGUGAUCCUGGCCGCUCAGUGUGACUGGUUCCGCCGUGCCUUGCUCAGCGGCAUGAAGGAAGCCAUCAACAGAAAGAUCGUGGUUCACGACACGAACCCGGAGCUGUUCCGCAAGUUCCUGGAGUCUCUGUACAGCGGCUGUCUGGACACCAGCGGACUGUCCGCCGAGCAACUGGCGGACAUGAUGACCCUCUGUGAUAGAUACGAGAUGGACAGUUUGAAGCACAUCUGUGAGUUUGAGCUCAAGUCUCACCUCGAUGAAGACAACGCCUUGUGCCUUCUCAACCUGGCCGACCACCUCAACAGUCGCAGUCUGAGGGACUGGGCUCUGAGCUACGUGGUGGAUCACCAACAUCUACAGGACAGCGACGUGUUUGACGAACUCCCCGACCACCUCAAGGACGAGGUACAGGACGCCAUCGCAUGGCAGGGGUUGGAGUGUCGCAGUCACAGCGGUCGGGGUGCGCCCCUGGAGACACGCAGCUCACUGUCCAGUCUGAGUGAAGUGGACGAGAUGGUGGCCAACAUUGACAUCACUAGGGAGCAGGGCCUGGAUCUGUCCACGUCCAGCUCCUCGGACGACCUCCCGUUCGUUGAAGACGCCGCCCGGCUAGAGACGUGUAUUCGGGAGCUGGCCGACAUCGUGGGGGAGACGGUGCCGAGGGAGGAGUUGACCCGUAUCGCUCUGGCGGCGGACUACGACGUGAACCGAGCUCUCAACUUUUUCUUCUCCUCGUAGCCCAGCGCGUUGAGCCAUGGCUCGCGUCUGUGUGGAUGAAUGGAGGAACGUGUUAGUGGCUGUGUAUGUGGGGGCAAGGGGGGAGAGAAAGAAGAGAGAGAGAGUGAGAAAUGUAUUCAUUCAUCGUCUGCCUGGAAAAAAAAAACCUUGUAAA